AUGCGGUUAGCACUGAAAAUUUUCACGACUUUUGUUGUUUUGAAAACAUUUCUACCGCCGGUGUUUACGAAGUUAGCACGGGAAGAAUUUUCAUUUGAUUCUUGCUCACCCCCUCAACUGGCAGUAAAUGGAUCAGAAACUGAGGCAGGAGAGAAUCGAAUACGAAAAGACUAUUCACACAUUAGAGAGGUGAAAUUUUCUGGAUCUAUUGGUCCUCUUGGGGAACAACGUCUUUGUAAGAUAAAAUGUAUAGCUGGUCAGUGGGUUGGACCUUUAUGUGCAGACCAAACAGAUAAUGGAAGAUUUCAACCGUUAUUUCGAAAUUGCAAACUUGAAUAUAUAAACCCUCACUUAUUAGUCACGUUUAGAAACGUAUCCAUCCUUAAUCCAGGGUGGACUUUUCCCCAUGGCGCUAAAUUACAUACCAGAUGCAUCGAAUUGGGGUUAUAUAAAUUAUUGGGUACACCUACACCCCAAUGUCAAAAUGGACAAUGGUCUUCCAGACUACCAUCCUGUGUACCAACAACUAUUUUAACUAACUUUACAGAAGAUGCACCUCCCUCAAUACUUAUUCGAAUACCAUCCGGAUCAGCUUCUGCAGAACCUGGCGGAGAACUUGCUGUUUUCCCGGGCUCAACCUUACAUUUUGAAUGCAUAUUUUCACGAAGAUUAGGUUCUCCUGACUGGACUUGGACUUCACCUCUAGGACAGUAUUUAACAGGUUGGGCAAUUGCGUCAGAAGAACGAGACUGGAAAUAUAGACUCUCAAUAUAUUACGCAAAACCACAAGAUUCUGGAACAUUUACUUGCGCAACUCCUCGAGGAAUUACGAAUAGUAUAACCCUUGUUGUAGCAGCUGUUCACUGUGAACCUAUUUCCGUAUCGAGGAUGCAUCUUAGUGUGAGAGUAGAAGGUACCAGAUUGGGACACAAAGCUAUUUUCCAAUGUCCAGUAGGAUUUGUUGUUACUGGGGAAGCCAACUUAACUUGUCAAGCCUCAGGAAAGUGGUCCGCACCUGUUCCAAAAUGUGAGCCAGUUAAAUGUCCACCAUUAGAUACACCUGAAAGUCUGGAACCGCAUCUGCAAGUUGAAGAACACGACAAUAAUUAUGGGGGUACGGCUGUAUUUAGCUGUGCUUGGGGAUAUAAACUAGUAGGACCACCAGGAAUCGAAUGCGAACUUAGUGGAAAUUGGUCAGGACCAUUACCGAAAUGUGUUCCUAUACAAUGUCCACCUCCAGUUCUACCGCUUAACGGUCAUCUAAUUCAGUCUGAGGCACCAGGAAUGGAUGGAGGUCGAUAUGCUGUGGGCAGCUUGGUACAAUUUGCUUGCACAGGUGCUCACCACUUAGAAGGAGAAGCUAGUAUUAUUUGUACAGAAACUGGAUUUUGGUCUCAUCCUCCACCAUUUUGCCGACCAAAAUGUUCAUACAUUGGAGAACCAGAAAACGGUUUCAUUGCUCCGACCAAGUUUGCUUACGAUCCAGGAGAUGAAUUAAGCAUCAUUUGCAACGAAGGUUUUGCAACGAAUUCUGAAGAAAACCUGAAAUGUAUGCCAGAUGGAAAGUGGUCUUCUCCACUACCAGUUUGUGCCAAUGUGUCUUCUGUAUCUGAAGAACUAACUUAA